GUACACUCUAUGAAUUAAUAUAUAUUCUAAGGUAUCGAAUAACGACGAGUGUUUCUUAGGUGUUGUCUAACUGAAAAAAUACGUAUUUUAUACUCGACUUGACAAGGAAAAAUGCUUCUCCAACGAGUGACUGCAAAUGCACCAAAAGUUAUUAAACGUAACAUUGGUAUUCUUGCACCAGCAUUUCAAGAAGCAAAGGAUCCCAUCCAACAACUAUUCAUAGAUAAAAUUCGUGAAUAUAAAGCAAAAAGCUCCGGUGGAAAAAUACCUGAUGCUGGUCCUGAAAUUGAAAAAGAGAGGAAGGCAGAAUUUGACAGAAUUGCGAAACAGUAUAAUAUAGUAGGUGAUCCAAAAGAAUUCCCUAAAUUCAAGUUUGAAGAUCCACAAGUGGAAAAAUGAAUGCAUUAUGUCCCUACAAAUAUUCAUAAAAUCAGAAUAUUUAUAUUAGAAUUGUUACUGUUCAUACCAAGUAAAUA